GCGACACAGUGUGGAAUGAGAGCGCGUGCGCAUUAUAAAGCCAGUAGUCUGUCGACUGCCGUGACGAAGAUACGAAGCAGUGUAUCGUGUGUUUGUGUUCCUGCUCUUCUAAGACAACUGUCAAGCGUCUAUAAAUAAGAUCAAUGCCGACUCAUAACGAAGAGGGUUUUGCUACUAAGGCUAUUCAUGUAGGUCAAGAUCCAGAUCAAUGGGGACAUGGCGCAGUGGUACCUCCAAUCACUUUAUCAACUACUUUCAAGCAAGAUGCACCAGCUCAACACAGAGGUUACGAAUACGGAAGAAGCGGCAACCCUAGCAGGAACUGUUUGGAAGUGUGCUUGGCGGCACUAGAAAAUGGCAAGUAUGGCUUCGUAUUUUCGUCUGGUCUCGGUACGACGACUAUCGUCAUGUCGCUGUUAGAAUCUGGUGAUCACAUAAUCUGUGGUGACGAUACUUACGGCGGUACAAACCGCUAUUUCCAACGUAUCCUUCCUAAAAACAAGAUUGAUGUUACGUUUAUUGAUGCUUGCUAUACUGAAAAUUUCAUCAAUGCCAUUAGGCCAAACACUAAGCUGGUGUGGAUUGAAAGUCCAACAAAUCCUUUACUCAAGUUAGCUGAUAUUAAGGCUAUUUGCGACUUACUUAAGCACAUACGGCCUGAUAUUUACGUUGUUGUAGACAAUACAUUCGUUACAUGCUAUUUCCAGAAGCCCUUAGACUUAGGUGCAGACAUCUCAAUGUACUCAUUAACGAAGUAUAUGAAUGGUCAUUCCGACGUUAUCAUGGGUGCUGUCAUCACCAAGAGAGACGACAUAGCAGAGAAAUUAAGGUUCAACCAAAAUGCGAUGGGUAUUAUUCCUUCUCCAUUCGAUUGCAUGUUGGUUAACCGAAGUUUGAAGACUUUAGAAUUACGAAUGCAACAACACAUGAAGAAUGGGUUAGCUGUAGCAAGGUUCCUAGAAGCUCAUCCCUUAGUUACAAAAGUGAUCCAUCCUUUUCUACCGUCUCAUCCACAGUAUGAAUUGGCAAAAAAACAAAUGACAGGUUACAGUGGUAUGGUUUCCUUUUAUCAUGGAGGGGACUCAAGCAAAUUUUUUAAGGCAUUGCGAAUCUUUACACUGGCUGAGUCACUUGGAGGUUACGAAUCGCUGGCUGAAUUACCCUCCGUAAUGACUCAUGCAUCGGUACCAGACGCAGAGAGAGCAAUGCUUGGAAUUACCGAUCAAUUGAUUCGAUUGUCCGUUGGACUGGAAACUGAGCAGGAUCUCAUCGCUGACCUCGAUCACGCACUAAAGGCUUCGAUGCUUUGAUCAGAAAAAUUUAUUUUUUGAUACCUAUCCACGAAUCACUUAAACUCAUACUCAAACUACUCAGUAUAUUUUAUUUGAUUGAUUUGUAUUCAAGCAAGAGAAAAUAAAAUAAAUAACGGAUAUAU